GGAAGCAGUAGGAAGGUCUUAAAGCACGAAGCUCACAGAAUAUAAAAUAGAGAAAUUUGAAAUUGGUAUUUAUGACUUAUAAUAUUGAUAUAAAUAUAUCAACACAAACGUCUACAUUUCGUGUGAGUGAUAUUUUUUAUGAGAACCCUCUAUGAAAAUACUUAUCUCUUAACUCUGAAUAUUUUGUCAGAAUGGUAGAAGACAAGAACUAUAAAAUUGGUAGCCGAAUAGAAUGCGAUGGAUAUCGUGGCACAGUAAAAUAUUUUGGUCCUGUUGGUGAUACCAAAGGUGAAUGGCUAGGUGUAGAUUGGGAUGAUCCAACUCGUGGAAAGCACAAUGGCACAUAUGACGGAGUUGAAUAUUUUAAGACCUGGCGUCCUACAUCAGGUUCCUUUAUACGGCCUGGUAAAGUAAAGUUGGGAAUAUCUUGUCCACAAGCUAUUAGAGCACGUUAUGGUCUAAUCAAUGAUGAACUCGUAGGCAUUGACAAAGAUAAUUUGAAUAGUUUACAAAAAGAGAUUAAUGCUCCAUUCCUAGAAAUGGUUGGCUUUUCCAAGGUCAAUAAAAAGCAAAGUAAAUUUGAUCAAUUGAAGGUAAUAUGGUUAAGAGAGCAAUGUGUCAGUGAUGCUGGGAGACCUAGGGAAUUGGAGGAAUUGUGUCCUAAUCUGGAUGAACUGGAUAUUUCAAGAAAUCUUAUUAAUUCCUGGAAAUUUGUAUCUGAAAUAUGUUGUCAACUUCGUAUGUUAACACGACUCAAUGUUAGUGAAAAUCAUCUACCAGUUGAACAGAACCUAGAAACACUGAAAAACGCUUUUCUAAAUGUCAAACAUUUGACAAUGGCAAAAAUGAAUUACAAUUGGUUUGAUAUACAGCAAUGUAUAAUAAUGUUUCCAUCAAUUCAAGAACUCUCAGUUUCUUUUAAUAUCGUGGAUACCCUGGAAGUACCAUCAAAGAACAGCAAUAUAAUGAAAAUUACUGAAUUGACGUUAGAAGCAAAUCUUAUUUCAAGCUGGGACGAAGUACUAAAGUUGGGUCAUCUUCCAUCCUUAGAAUAUCUUAAUCUAAAUCUAAACAAAAUAAACGCCAUAUAUUUUCCAACUACACAUCCUAUGGAAAAGACAAAUCUUUUUCCUGCACUGCGCCAGUUGCAUAUAUCCAAAAACAACAUAUCUGAAUGGCGUUCAAUAAGUGAACUGGAAAAGCUUGUGAACUUAGAGGAAUUGAAGUUAAGAGACAAUCCUGUGUUGCAAGGCGAGACAAUAGAAACAGCGCGACAAUUAAUAAUAGCUAGAAUAACUAAACUGAAGAUUCUAAAUGGCACUGAAAUUUGGUACGGAGAAAGAAGAGGUGCAGAAUACGAUUAUCUUAAAUUAUUUGGACCCCAUUGGAUAGAUAGUGAAAAUAAUUUAGAGAAGAGGAAUGAAUUCAUAGCAAAUCACCCACGUUACCCUUCAUUAGUGCAGAAAUAUGGAUUGCCGGAUAUUCCAGUAUCAAAGAAAAAUGGUGGAAUGAUGUCAAACGUUAUAUCUGUGGAAUUUGUAUGUCCGAAGGAUCAGGGUCAGAAUAAAGGAAUCAAAAGAAAACUUUUAAAAGACAUGGAAGUCCAAAAAGUGACUGGUCUCGCGCAAAGGCUUUUUAAGACUGGAGGAAAAAUACCGGUUCUCUCAUUUUUGCAGCAAAAUCUUUCAAGAGACGAGAUACCUCUUGACAAACCUUUACAAAAAUUAAGCUAUUAUUCGAUUCAAGAUGGCGAUCAAGUGCUUGUGCGGUGGUGAUACUGAAUAAAUAUGAUUUAUAGAAAAACAAAUGUAUUUUCCACA